AAAGAGAAAAACCUUCGGAGACCUUCUUCACGAGGGGAACUCCUAAUGCAUCAGAAGAGAGAAUGGUUGAGAGACUAGAGUUAUUACAAGGAAUAAUAUCUAUAUUAUUACUAACUAAAUAACGAGCAAAACCCCAUUAAUCUCACAUAUAAACAAAAUAAAGUUUAUCUCAACUAACAAAAGGGAAAAGCUGAAUUAUAAAAUGUUGUACUGAUGGAAAAUGUAAAGGAAUAUGUAAGAACUGGAUGUUAGCAACGUUAACUAACGUCCGUUUAGUUUUAUUUUAUAUUUUUAUUUGUUAUACCUCAUUCAUCUCCUUAUUUGAAUCACGACCAUCGGAACUGACCACCACCACUUUCUUCCUUCAUCUCCUUCCUCUUUCAACCCAUAGCCGAAAACCAACUAUCAUUUUCAUCUAGCUUCUUCCUCGAACUGACCACCAUCCUCAUCUACCGAUACCAACACUGACAUCAAUAGCGGCUUGGCGUCUUUAACGCUAAAUAAAACGAAAACCCUAAGAAAAAUGGAGAAAUUUAGGGAUAGGAUAACCCUAAAGGGUAAGUAAGUUUUUCUUCUUUUAUCGAUUUCUCAAUUAAAAGCUUGAAGUUAAGCUUUAAUUUUUCUCUACCAUUUAAGCUCUGAGAUUUCUACCAUUGAAGCUCCUAGUUGGUCGGCAAGAAGAAGAUAAGAUGGUGGUCGGUUUAUUUCCAGUUGUGGGUUGAAGGAGGAAGGAGAUGGUGGUUGUGGUCGGCUUCGGUAGUACUCCGUUCACAUAUGGGGAAAAACAGAUAUUGGGUUGGGUUAAAAACUGUUAAUUCUCUCAGUAAACGGACGUUACAUGACUUUUUUACCUUUACAGAAAUACCCCAACUGAAAGCAUGUAAAUUGACCAAAAAGCUCCUCGAUAAACAAAGUUUGUCAAUCAAGGGUAUAAACUUGAAUUCUCUCCUAAAUAACCUACAUUAGCUAUCUAGUCAGUUACCCGAUUUGCCUCACAAAAUAUACUUGUGUGUCUUAUUACUUAUACUUCAAUUGCCAAACUUGGUGAGAUGAGUGCAUAUGUCCCUCAAGUGCCCUUGAUACAGUUGAUGACAGGGAGAUUAUCGCUCUCAAUAUGAAUAUUCUUUAUCCCGAACUCAAUGGCCAAAAGAGUACCUUUGUGAAGAGCCGUGGCCUCAGUGAUGAAGAUUUUGAAGUUGCCGAAAUUGAAGGUACAUACUCUGAAUACUCAAUUUACAUGUUGACGUGGACGGUAUAUGGGAAUAGAUUUUGAAGUUGCUGAGAUUGAAGGUACGCGCUCCGAAUACUCAAUUUACAUGUUGAUGUGGACGGUAUGUGUGAAAAAAUUUGUUCAAAAAAUACGAAUAUACUAUACUCCGAAGAGUAUAGUCAUCUUGCUACGGAGUAGUUUGUAUGAUAAGACAUGUAAGACUGUAAUUGAAGUUGAACAGCUUUUCCCACUCAAAACGCUACCUUCUUCGGCAAAUCUACCCUCUUAAAGAUGGAAGCUUUACAAUGUUUCAGGCAUUUCAGCCAUGUCCCCACCUUUGCUGCCUUCCUCCAUAACCAAUACAACCUCAAAAAAUCGAAAAAUCGUUUCAGGGUCGCCGCAAAUUUGAGCAGUGAUGAUGACCCUUUUCUUCAAGCUGCCCUACAUUCUGCUACUCUUCGUUUACAAGAGACCCAUCGCCCAGACCCUCUUUUCCAUGAUCCUUAUGUGGCUUGCUUGGUUCCUGCAAAUAUUCCUGUCUAUACGGAGCAGCAUGUGCACCCUUAUUGCCUUGCGACCAAGUUCAUUGAUGAUAGUUUGCUCCAAAAUUUGAGAAAUAACGAUGAACUGAAACAGGUUGUUUUAUUGACAGAUGGUGCGGAUACUCGUGUUUAUAGACUUACUUGGCCAAGCUCUACAUUGAUAUUUGACAUAUCACCAGAUAGAAUCUACUGCGACGUAUCUCAGAAGCUUAAAGAUAUUGGUGCUCAGAUCAGCAGGAGCUGCUUAUUGUUUCAUGUUUCACUAGAGUCUUUUAACAUACAAGAAGUCUUGCGUAAGAAAGGAUUUAAUGGUAACCGCCCCAGUAUAUGGGCUCUCCAGGGUCUGCCUUUAAUGACAUUGACAAGUUUUGAAGAUAUUCUAUCUGUUGUCAGUAGUUUAGCCAUGAAGGGAAGUCUUGUAAUGGGAGAAGUCCCUGUCUGUUUAGCAGAAACUGAAGUUGAGCUGAAGACCAGUCGUGAAGAAUGGAUGCACAAGCUUUUCAUGCGCCAUGGAUUUCAGGUUCAUGUGAUCGACUAUAAAGAUGUGGCUAGAAGUUUGUGUAGAGGUCUAUCAGACGAAACCUCCAGUACUAUGCUCUUUGUUGCGGAGCAUAUGAGAUUUUCAGAUGAUCAGAUGGAAAUGUGGCGAAGUGAAUUUCAUAGGACUGAAGAGGAAGCCGAUGAAGAAGGGUUUGAAGAUCUGUAAACAUAUUCAAGGAGUUUUCAAUUAUUAGCUGUAAGCAUUCAAACAAUUUUGAAGUCCAAAAAAAUAUUCAAUCAAUUUCGUCCUGCAAUUUUAAACUCGAAUAUUUCAUGAUCGUUAGACAAUU